UCUGUGCGCCGUCGAUCACCGGGGCUGCUACGAAAUCUCACGAUAGUGUCUGUCUUAAGUGAAAACCAGUGGCCCUUUUGUGCCAGUGUGCAACGCGCUAUUUUGGAGUGAAGAAGGAGACUGGGGGAAGCAGGCAGCGCCACCUCACUACGGAAACCCUGGAUGUUUUUGGGGGAUUAGGAUGGCUCCGACCACUAGCUAAUGAUUCAACAGAUCAAGGUUGAUGUGUGACCAUGUUCCACCGAGUAGAACGACGCGCCCCGCGACCUGUUGGCCCGUUUGGAACAUUUUUUAAUGGGCCCCUUUGACCCAGUUUAAUCCAGACCUUGAUCCGCAGGGGGAGUGAUUUGACCAUGCCACAAUGUUUAUAACUGUCUGCUUGUUGCUGACUUUCCUGGAUUUCACGAGACAACAGUCGCCCUUGCCCCGGGCGCCGAGUGUGGCGCCGAAGUUGCGGUGCGCGCCGUCUCCAGACUGCGAGUCCAGGCUGCGGAGGGACGCGGGAGGGCGCGGAGGGGUGUAUGAACAUCUCGGCGGAGCACCGAGACGGAGGAGACUCUACUGUGCCACCAAGUACCAUCUCCAGAUCCAUCUCAACGGCAGGAUCGACGGGACGCUGGAGAAAAACAGCAUUUUCAGCAUAUUGGAAAUAACUGCUGUCGAUGUAGGAGUGGUGGCGAUCAAGGGGUUGUUUUCGGGUAGAUAUUUGGCCAUGAACAGAAGAGGCCGCGUGUUCGCGUCGGAAGUCUACACCCCAGAGUGUGAGUUUGUCGAGCGGAUCCACGAGCUGGGAUACAACACCUACGCCUCGAAAUCCUACAAGACCGUCCCGAGCUCAGCGGGAUCAAGGCGGCGGAACAGCGCCGAGAGACUCUGGUACGUGUCCAUCAACGGCAAGGGCCGGCCGAGGAGAGGAUUCAAAACCCGCAAGACCCAGAAAUCCUCGCUGUUCCUGCCGAGGCUGCUGGACAGCAAAGAUCACGAAAUGGUCCGGUUAUUCCGCACCAGCUCCAAAUAUCGAGAGGACUUGGUGAAAUCUCCGAGCAAGGCCGAGAAAACGAGAGCUUCCCAAUAGCCGGGUCAACAUCGCUGCAAUAACAGGCCCUUGGAGCCCAAAGCUUGGACUCUAUUGGAAUGGAGAUAGGGCUUUUUUUUUUAAUGUCUAGAACGAUGUGCCUAGGACUGCGAAAUCAUCUAUGAUAUAAUAAUUAAUGUAAAUAUGUAAAUCUGGUUUCUAUUUUCAAAUUUCCUGCUACUUCCAAAAGGGACAAUUAAUGUAUAUCAUCCUCGGUGUCUUGUUCGAACUCAGUAGGGACUUAUAGUCAGUGGUUUAUGCUUUGAAACAUCUAUUUUUGUAUCUCAAGAAAAUACAAUGAAUUAGUAUAACAUCUACCGACGGCCCAUUUUCUUCCCACGUUUCCCAAUGAACACUUCAUUACACUUAUGCGGUAUUGAUUAAUGGCUUACGACUGAACGGGGAGGAACUACCAGCAGAGUGGCGGUGUUAUCUGGAAAAUCAGUUCAUGGUUGAAUGCCGAAGUGGUAUCAAUUUUCAAAAGAGAAUUGGAUAAAUACUUGAAUUUGGGGGGUGAUUGUGGAGUUAUGGGGAGAGAGCGUGGGAGUGGGACUGCUUAUAGCCCUUUCAAAUGAGCCAGCACGGGCACGUUGGGCCGAAGGGCCACCUUCUGGGCUGUGCCAUUCUAUGAUACUGUACUAUUAAACUCAGCCGAGCGAAGGAAGUCAGAAAGCGCACUGAAUAAUGUACUCGAGAACUGACCUUUAUCUGCCCACAUAUUUAUUUUAAAUAAAUAUCUACAAAUGGA